AUGUCGUCCACUACUGAUAUUAUCACACUUGAUAACUUUGCAUCUAAUAUGCCACGAUGGGACCCCAACCUCUCCAACCACCUUUAUGCCCUAGUUGAUAUGGGAAGCAAUGGCAUACGAUUCUCUAUCUCGGAUCUAUCGCCUCCGCGAAGUCGUCUUCUCAGAUGUUUAUAUCGCGAGCGCGCUGCUAUCUCUUUAUUUGACGCUCUCCAUACAUCGGCUUCAAGUGGUCCUUUGGCAUUUUCUUCAGAUGUUAUUACCCAAGUGUCUAAGACCCUAGCUCGAUUCAAGUCUAUCGCCGAUGAUUAUGGCGUACCGACAGAGCAUAUCUCUGUAUUCGCUACGGAAGCUAUGCGGAAGGCCCAAAAUACAGCUGCUAUGCUAGAUGCUGUCUUGGAGAGUUCAGGACUUGGCAUUCAUGUGCUAGCGCCAGAAGUCGAGACUCUGUUUGGCUCCAUGGGUGCGAGAAGCGGCUUCGACACGGUGAACGGCCUGUUUCUUGAUUUAGGAGGUGGUUCGGUGCAGAUGACUUAUUUGAAUUCUUCUAUCGAUGGCUACGAAAUUUCAGCUGCGCAAACCGGAAAGAGUCUACCAUUUGGAGCUGCUAAGCUGAUCAAAAUCCUGGAGGGCGACGAGACAGAGGUUCGAGCUGCUGCUGUAAACAGUUUGCAAGAGGGCAUGCGAGGUGCCUUCGCCCAGCUCCAGCAGAAGUUUUCGCCGUUACGGGAGACACAGAUCAACCAAAAUAGUAACGGUGUCGACGUCUUCCUGUGCGGCGGUGGAUUUAGGGGUUAUGGCAGCCUCCUAAUGCACGUUGAUCCUAUCCAGCCAUACCCAAUUCCUGCGGUUGGGGCAUACACUGUUGGAGGCUCGUUCUUUAGCCAGACUGAACAUAUGCGCAAGGUAAAUGCCGAAUACGAGAGCAAGAUCUAUGGCAUGUCAAAACGGCGGCGCCAGCAAUUUCCAGCUAUCGCUACAGUCGUAGAGGCACUGAUUUGUGCUAUUCCUCGAAUCCACACAGUAACAUUUUGCAGUGGUGGCAAUCGAGAGGGUGCUCUAUUUAUGAAGCUCCCCAAGGCUGUAAGAGAGAAAAGCCCCUUGCUACUUCUCCAUCAAGUUAGUUGCAACGAACUUGAAAUCUUGCAAUCGGUGAUCGAUACUGUGCAAUCAUCUCUACCGAGCAAUCUCGAUUUCUCCAACAUCCCAACAGUAUUCACUUUAGGACUUGGUCCACUCUUCGCCAGCAAUAUCUGGACGCGCAUUGGAGAACCAAGUGGCGCCAACGCAGCAUUUGAAUUGCACCAAGCCAUUAACCGUGACCCUAGUGCACCUGGUUUCAGUCAUUUAGCGCGAGCAGUCUUGGGUUUGACCCUUUGCUACAGAUGGGGAGCCAGCCUCGGCGCCUUUGAUAAACUGCUUCAAGCUAAUCUGCAGAGACUUGUUAGCCAGUCAACCCCUGAGGCCAACUUCUGGGUGGAAUAUAUCGGUGCAGUUGCCAACCUGCUUGCCGUGCUUUGUCCAGCGAGCCCAGAUUCUGCGGAUAGGCUGAAGAAGGUCAUCAAAUUCAGCUCGUCAAUGAAACUUACAAAGAAGAAGACUAAGAUUCAACUAACAGUUUCAUUGUCUCCAACAAUUCUCCAAGCCUUGGAUACGGAAGAACUGGUCAGUAUUUUCAAGGGCGUUGGAAAGUAUCAAGAUGUCGCAGACACGACCGAGAGGAAGGUCGAGCUCACUAUCCAGAGAGGAGCUUGA